AUCAUUUUAUUUACGGCUCUUUUACUUUCUCCCACUCUCUUUAUCCUCAUCCUCAUCAUCAUCCUGAUCAUCUUCAUCUUCAUCCCUCUCAAUUUAACUCAGAAAAUCCUUGGCAAGGCAAAGAUAAUUUCUGGUUAGUCUUUGACGAGAUCCAGUACUAACCAUGGCUAAUUUAAUUGUAAAUCUUCUCUUAAUUGUGACCAUUAUUGUUGUUUUCUCUUCGAGCUCAUUGGGUUUCCAAGUUUUGGUUUACACUCCAGCGGCAGUUGAACGCGGUUCUCAGGCCACUUUGAUAUGUAUAUCGGAUCUUUACCUGGAAAACAUUUACAAAGUGACCUGGAAGAAAGAUGACUCAAAGAUUUACCGUUACAAACCCUCAGAUAUCGACUCGGAGCGGGAAAUUUUCCGAACCCCAGGAUUGAGGAUUAACGAGAGAUUAUCCAACUUAACUCAUCUAUUUCUCAAUUCAGUUGACAUAAGCACCGAAGGUGUUUUUACCUGCGAGGUUGAAAGUCGAGGUCCCUCAUUUUACACUCGACGAAAUUCAAGUGAACUUCGAGUCUAUUCAGUUCCACAAACUCGAGAUCCAAUUGUAAUCGAAGAUCCUCCAAGUCGAAAUUUAAAAAAAAUGGAUCUUAAUUGUGUCUCCGCUCCAACUUAUCCCGUAACUAAAUUAUCUUGGCUAAUUAAUGGUCGAACCGCUGAUCAAAGUGAAUUAUCAUCAACAUCGGUGACAACACAAUCAGAUUUAACUAAGGUUUCUAAAUUGGGAUUAAAGUACGUGGCUCGAAAGGAGGAUCUUUAUCCGGGUUUCCUGAAUUUCACUUGUACCGGAUUAAUACAAUUAAUUUAUUCGGAGUCCACUCGAGAUCUUGGACGUUUCUCGAGUUCUUUGACCAUUAGACCGAGAGAAAAACUUCAAGAUAAGGCUGAAUACACACACGAAACUAUGGACUAUUCCGACGAAUCUAUUCCAGCCUCGGUUCGAGAGGAGGUUCGACCCGCUCCAGGAUAUCGUCCCGUCGGAACGAGACAGCAACACAAAUCUUUAUCAUCUUCGCUAACUGGUAAUCUGUUAAUUUCUUAACUCACUUGACAAUUAUCCUAAUUGUCCAAGGAAAGUAACAAAAGAUAAAUGAUUAACAAUUAAUUCAAUGUUAUUAUUUUCAUUCUAAUCACUGUAACUUGGUUUCCUUUUUUUUGCGUCUUUUUUUAUAUUUAAUUGUAAUAUUUGAUUGUAACUAUUAAUCAAUUGUUGAUUUGAUUUCUCUGAUGCUCAAAUCGCCAUUUCCAAUAAAGCGCAAUAACCAAA